ACCAUUAUUUUGGUUUGAUUUUUAUUAAGUUUUGGUCCUAUUUCCUUUUUCUGGGACCAGCUUAAUUAUUAUUUCAUUCUUUUAAUGGGGGAAAAAGGUGUGGUAUUAUUUUCCGUACUGAUCUUUCUACCAAUCUUUGUAACGUAUUGUACUUGAAUAUUGACCUUUGUCAAACUCAAUUCAUAUCUCUCUUUUUUGUUUUUGCCUCGAGACUAUAGUUGUUAGUGUUGUAAUAUAUGAUGAUGAUGUAAUAAGUUAUGGUAAGACUCAAUAAUAAUCAACUUGCUUCUUCCAGAAAGGUAAACAAAUAAGCUUGUUUGGCUCUUUCAAAGGGUAGAAAGUAGAAUCAGAAAUAUCACUCGAGUUAAAAAAGUAAUCAGAGAUUAUUAUGAUUAUAUAUACAUAAAACCAUAUGCUUUGUAUACAUCUCUAGUAACUACAAACACAACAAAAACCAUUCCAGACACCAAGUUGUUAAUCCUUUAUAAGAAAGAAAGUUUUUUUCAGUGUAAAACAAACUCAGGUUGUUAAGAAAACAUGGGUCGAAAACUGGAUGCACUUCUAGGGAGAAACUUCAAGGUGUCAAAAUUCAAAACCAUAACAAAACUAGCUAUUUCAAGGAUUUCCAUACUCUCAAACCAGCACCAAGCUCGGUUGUCACAUGCUUGUUCUGAUGUUAAGGAGCUACUUCAGCUUAAUCACCAAGAUCGAGCUCUUCUUCGUAUUGAGCGUGUAACAAUGGAGAAGAACAUGUUGGAUGCGCUUUCCAUGAUAGAAUUAUACUGCCAUCUACUCCUUGAUAGAAUCAAGCUCAUAGGAAAAAAGAGAGGUGAAACGUGCCCUGAAGAGCUUAAAGAGGCAGUAUCAAGCUUGAUCUAUGCAGCUUCAAGAUGCGGUGAAUUCCCAGAGCUUCAUAAGAUUCGCGCCGCUUUAACCUCCAAAUAUGGUAGGGACUUUGCUGCUCGUGCAGUUGAACUACGCAACAACUGUGAAGUGAGUCCUAAGAUGGUACAAAAGUUUUCAACCAGGAAGCCGAGUUACGAAACCAGAUUAAAGGUUUUGAAGGAGAUUGCUUCUGAAUGUGGUAUAACUCUUGAUUUAGAAGAAGAUGAUUCUGUGAAUGAUCAUAAGCAAGAGAAACUGAAUAUGAAGCAAGAGCAGGAGCAGGAGCAGGAGCAGGAGCAGGAGCGAGAGCGGGAGCGGGAGCAGAUAAAUGAGCUUACUAGAGCAGCUGAUGACUUGGAUGACACUACUCAGAGAUUACAUGACACUGUUUUGAGUGAAGAGACCAAGCAAGCAGAGCACUUCUCUGAAUCAAUGAAAACUAGAAGAAAGUACAGAGACGUGGCAGAUGCUGCCCAAGAGGCUUUUCAAUCAGCGGCUUAUGCAGCUAACGCUGCAAGAGCUGCUGUUGAGCUCUCCAUGUCUUUAUCAAUAGAUAAGGGUUCUGAGGAUCAUCAUGGUUCAGAUAAUGAAGGAGGGAAUGUGUCAGAUUUCGGUACAUCUUCUACAACCAAAGCUCAUAUGACCAACAUUUCUGCAGCCUCAAGAGAGACUGAAGAUUUGAAUAACAGACAGAGUUUUGAAAAGAUUGAAACUGUUGAGGAACUGAGCUCGGAAUCAGAAUCAGAACCAGAACCAGAGUUAGAAGGUGAAGACGAUAGUACUCUCGAAGAUGUAGCGGAGAAGGAAAAGAAACAAGUACAAAGAAAAGUAUCAUCUUCAGAUACAAAUACUGAGAAAAGAGAGAGAGGAACAUGCCUUGACCAGCAUGAUUUGGAUACCUUCAGCGUACCCAAAUCUCCAUUGAACAGGCAUCACAGACCGUUUAAUGCAACUACAAAUGACCAUUGAUCACAUGAUGACAGCAUUAAGCCUUUCAUACAAAUCUACACAGUGAUUGACGUAUAUUUCACGUGUUGGUUUCUUGGGUCUGAGUUUACAAGAAUGAAUAAGCUGGAAAUUUACAAGUACAGCACAGAAAAAUCGAGAUAGGAAGAUGGUGUAAGCAUGCAUGACAUAAAUUUAUUUAAUUUUUUUGUACAAAUAGUUCAUGAUGAGUGAGCAUGGAGUUUGUUCUAGGAUAUAAAAUUUUGAAUUAAGUAUACUUUUGAGUGAAUUGGAUAUAGUUUUGUAGAAAUAUAACUAGGAAAUUAUAAUUGUGCUUUUAAUGGGAUACUCCUCUUGUAUUGAUGUGUAAUUGCAGUUGUAAUAUAUUCUACUUAUCCAUUCUAGAGUAAA